GCACCGUCUACAGUUAGGGUUCUGAACCUUGAAAAACCCUCGACCAGAGAUCCUCUUCAGUCUCCCAUCAUUAACGAAAAUGGCAAUGGCAGCAUACCUUUCUAGAAUGGCCAGGUUCCAUGCUUCCCAACAGAACACGGUACGAACCUUCUCCUCCUCCUCUUCUUCUUCGCCUUUUUCGUCAUUUAGGGAUUUGAAAUCGGCUAUCAAAUCAGAGAAAGACCCUCUCAAAGUUGCCAAACUCUUCGAAUCAUCCCUUUCCAUACCCACGUUUAGACGCUACCGGCCCCUCUUCACCCUCUCCGUCCACAAGCUCUCACGAUCCAAGCGCUUCGACCUUGUCGAUCGCAUACUCACUAACUCCAUCACCACUUCCCCUGCUCCUCAGCUUUCUUCCGAAGGUUUCUGGCUCCGGAUUGCGAUGUUAUACUCUCAGGCUGGAAUGGUGGACAAUGCACUCCAGGCGUUCGACAAAAUGCUUCAACAACAGAAUUUCACCGUUACUGAAAAAUCACUUUGUGGGGUGCUUUCCGUGAUGUUAGAUAAUAAAAUUUAUCAUGAUAAUGAUAAGUUUCAACAGACUUUUGAAGCUUUUGUAAAGAAAACAUCCGUUUCGCCUGGUGUCAAGUCGUUUAAUUUGAUGUUGAAAGCCCAUUGUAAAGCUGGUCGUUUAGAUGAGGCUCAUGCAUUGAUUGCAAAAAUGGAAAGUGAAGCAAAUUUGCAGCCGAAUAUUGAUUCUUAUAACAUAUUGUUGGGAAGUAAUUUGCAUAUCAAGAAAAGGAGUGAGUUUGAUAUGGUGGUGAAAAAGAUUCAUGAGAAAGGUCUGGAACAUAAUUUGACCACUUACAAUCAUAGAAUUACAAGGUAUUGUAAAAGCAAAGAGUGCGUUAGGGCUAGGAAGUUGUUGGAUGAAAUGAUAGCAAAAGGUGUGGAACCCAAUUCUUUUACUUAUUGUGCUAUUAUUUUUGCGUUUUGCAAGGUAGGUGAUUUGGAAUCUGCCAGAAAGAUUCUUGAAAAAAUGGUGAGUGAUGGUUAUGUUAAGGCACCAUCUUUUGGUUAUAUGAUGUUGAUGAAGCAUAUGGUUGAGGAGGGAGAAUUUGAUGGUGGAUUGGAAAUCUGCAAGGAUAUCAUUCAGAAGAAAUGGGUUCCUCCGUUUAAGGCCACCGGGCUUCUGGUGGAUGGAUUGGUCAAAGAUUCAAAAGCAGAUGAGGCUAAGGAAAUCGUCGAAAAGGUCAAGAGGCAGCUCAGGGGAUCUGCGGUAGAAUCAUGGGGAAAGAUUGAAGCUGAUCUUCCUAUAUAAACGAACUCAAGUUGUUUACAGGAAAUAAACAGAUUUCGUAAUCUAAUAUCUGAAAGAAAAAGGUAUGCCAAUGGCUUGUUAGGAUUUGUACUUGCUAAAUGUGACAUUCCUGUGUACUGUGUAGUGGUUCAAAUUUGAUUCUAAGGUUAGUUUAUAUUUUGUUUUAAAGGUUUCUACUUUUAGAUGGAAUUUGAUUUUGCUUAUGCCAGGGUUGUCAUAAAUUGUAACUUGUGCUGUUAAAUCUAAAUGCCAUGUUAGUUUUGCC